UCUGAAAUGGGUGGAAAGAAUGAGCACGUGAGGAUCACAACUGAGCACAAGCCUGGGUUUCUGGAGCGCCUCAGCGAGACUUCUGGAGGGAUGCUUGUUGGCCUUGCCACUUUUGCCCUGUCUUUCUACAUUCUUUUUACCAAUGAGGGGCGAACUUUGAAAACAGCCUCCUCUUUGGCUGAGGGGCUUUCUCUAGUCGUCCCACUUGACAACAUCCAGAUUAUAUCCCAUGAGAAUGACAAGAAACUUGUGCACUUAUCUGGUAUCCUUAGAACGUCAAAGCCUCUGUAUGAUCCCAGCUAUGGGCUUUCUAUCCGGGCAGUCAAGCUCAAACGUCAGGUGGAGAUGUAUCAGUGGGUUGAGUAUGAAGAGUCCAAAGAAUACGAAGAAAAUGGUAAAGUGAAGAAAGAAACAAAAUAUUCUUACAAUACAGAAUGGAAAUCAGAAGUUGUGAACAGCAGAAAUUUUGAUCGAGAAAUUGGACAUAAAAACCCUAGUGCCAUGGCUGUUGAAUCUUUCACUGCAAUUGCUUCUGAUGUUCAAGUUGGCAAGUUCUUCCUUUCCAGAGGCCUCAUUGAGAAGAUUAAUAAUUUCAAGCAGAUGAGCCUAUCAAAAUUGGAAGACCCUCACGCAGAUGUGAUCCGCUCAGGGGAUUACUUCUUUCAUAGUGAGAAUCCACGACGUCCAGAAGUUGGGGAUCUUCGUGUUUCAUUCUCCUAUGCAGGUUUGAGUGAAGACUUAUCACGCACAGGUCCACCAGAUAUGGUGACCAUAGUUGCUCGCCAGCAAGAAGAUCACUUAGUUCCAUAUCAAACUAAAUCUGGGGAUGUCUUAAAUAUUCUCUAUCCCGGAGAGCUCACAGCUGAGGAAGUAUUUCAGAAAGAGCACGAGAGUAACAGCAUGAAGACCUGGGGCUUACGUGCAGCUGGAUGGUUGUCUAUGUUUUUAGGCAUCAGCCUUAUGACCAGAAUUAUUUAUACCCUGGUGGAUUGGUUUCCAGUUGUCCGGGAUCUGGUUAACAUUGGUUUGAAAGGAUUUGCCUUUUGUUUAGCCACUUGUCUCUCAUUGCUGACCAUUUCAGUGGGCUGGUUCUUCUAUCGGCCCUUCUGGGCAAUAUCGAUUGGUUUGUUGGCUGUAAUUCCCAUUCUGAUUGCAAGAUCUCGGGUUCCACCAAAGAAACAGCAGUGACAUCGUGGAGGAAGCACCUUCUUUGUACCCACAUGUCUUUGGAAACUUCAUACAUUCAAUGCUUUCAUCAGAUUUGAAGAAAGUGCCAUCAUGGCUAUUUUUGCUCAAAACAAAACACUUCUUCAUAUUGCAGUACAGAAAAUGCAACAUCGGUGUGUUCUAUACUGGUUCUAGAUAUGCCACUUUCAUUAUGCAAUCCAGGGGUAAGGAAUUAAGUGUUUCUGAAUUACAGCUCCCAGGAGCUCGAUAGCAUGGUCAGGGGUACUAAGAUCCAUAUAUAUUUAGACCAGGCCUGCAUAGCCGGUAGAAAAGACCACAUUGAUAAAUUUAAAAU